AUGAUUGGUACACUCUGCAUGGAUGCUACAGCGAGUGAUACUGAGAUGAAAGUGGGUGGUUGUGUGAAACGGAAUCAGGAUGUCGUUGAGUGGAGUCAGAAUGAUGGAGGUGUUGUCAAGAGGGAUGAGGAGCAGAUGGGGCUGAGACGCGUGAGGAAUGAGAAGAAACGGAGAAAGGCGAACAGCAGUGGCGUCAAGGCGGGGCCUAUAACGGGGGGAACCCUCGCCUUUGUCACCCUGCUGCUGAUGUCAGUAACGUCGACAUUAGCACAGGCAUCACCUGCACCACCACCGCCUUCCCCCGUAACACCCCUUCAAUCUGUAUCAGCAGCAGCAGCACCCCCGUUUACUGUAUCAUCACCAGCACUACCACCACCCACCCCUGGGUCUUCAGUAUCAACGUCAGCAGCAGCAGAAGCAGCAGCAGACUCUUCCUCAACAGCUCACAUUCCCCCAUCAGUACCCGUUAAUGUGGGCAGUGGAUCUGCUGAUGCUGCUGCUAGUGGUGCCGUGAUAAGCAAUGUCAUGACAAGUGGCGCCACCCUUCCUGCUGCCAACCAGUCAGACGCCAUCCCAGACCCGAUAAUCCGCCCGCCCCCGACCGGCCCCUUCUCGCUCUCCUCCCCCCUGCCUCCUCCCAUCCGCGGCCCCAUCGUCCCCGCCCCUCCCGCUCCGUGCUUCGGCGUCACGGUGGCGUAUGUGAUAGAGAGCAUCAUCAACAUCCCGUCGGUGUGGAAUGGGAGUGUGAAGCCGUACGGGUUCAAAUCCAAGAUCGAGCUCCUCAACACCGGCAAGAGGGACCUGGUGGGGUGGGAGGUGAGGGUGGAGUUCACUCGCAACGAGCUUAUCACUCUGCUGGGGAACGCUCAAGUGGAAUACGAACUGCCGUACCCUGGCUCCGCUCUGCUCUUCUCCAGCAUUGACGACCAGAGCGACCGCCUCAUCACGGCGAUCCACGCGGGCGGCGACGUCCGGCAGUAUGUGGUGUUCGCGGAGGUGUUUGGCACGGAGUUUGGGGCGGCGACUGCCAGCAAGGCGCUCCCGCGCACGCUCUACCUCUCCACACCAGGCUUCCACUGUGCAUCCAACCGCCCUCAGUUCCCAUCUCCCAACAGAAUCCAGGUCUGUUGCAGGGAGACCUCCUACCCGCCUCCCCCACCUCCUCGCCCCCCUCCCCGCCUCCCCCCGAUCGUCCCUGCUUUGACGGUCCAGAUCGACGUGACAGCAGCGAGCGAUAUGGACCAUCAGAUGCUCGUCACCAUCAGCAAUCUGCAGGCGGACAGGCGCGUUGGGCCCCCAAGGAACGACCCCUGGGCGCUCAGCUGGCGGUGGAUGCAGAAUGAGAUUGUCUGGGAGGCAUACGGAGCACAGACGACGCAACAAGGAAACUGCCAGCAGCAGUCCGCCUCCUCUGCAGUCUACGGGGCAGCCAUCGCCUCCGCCCACUCCUGCUCCCCGCGGCCCACCUUUGUGGAUUUACCUGGAGGGUCGUACGGCAGUGAGAGUGGGCGGGACCUGGGGGCCACCCUGGGAGUGCGCCUGGCGUGCUGCAAGAAUGGCUCUAUUGGGCUGCGCUCCUUUCCCUAUGGCGACCCUGCUCUUGCCCAGUACCAGGGCAACGCCUCUCUCGCUCAGUUCCGCCUGCGCAUCGGCCGCACGCGCCAGUUCAAGGCCAUUCCCUCCAUCGCCCCGCCUCGCAACCUCUCCCUCGGCCUCCCGGGAAUAGUCUGCUCUGCUGGUGUUCGCAUCGACCCCACCCAGUUCCCAGUUAACCCCUCCCGCAACCUAUCAGCAGUCGCCACGUGGCGCUACGCCUGCUACCGCGACCCUACCUUCCUGCCCCCUCGCCCCGCCUGCUGCGUCUCUUUCUCUGCUGCUUUCAACAACACUGGCUCCCCUCAGGGCGCCUGGGGGAGCAUCUUUGGCCGCAGCAGCAGCACCGGGAGUGGCAGCGGGCAGUUCUAUGUGGCUCCCUGCAAAAGCUGCGCCUGUGGAUGCCCAGGGGAGGCUGUUUCUUCGUCUUCCUCCUCUUCCACCACCUCCGCCUCUUCUGCUUCCCUGUCCUCGGUUUCGCCUCCCACCUCUUCGUUCUCCCCUCCGUCGCUUUCUAGUCUGCUCCUCGGUGCUCCCUCUGCUGGGAAUGGGACGGCGGCUAACAGCAGCAGCUAUCCCCACUUGGGGCUCCGUGAUUGGCCCACGUGUGCUGCACCUGAUACGAUCUUCGAUACCAUUGGUGGCAGGGGCGAUGUGGUCCCUUCCAAGAAGCUUCCCAGCUGGUACGGCGACGACAGGGACUUUAUUUCUGCCCGGUGCCGCGACAGCUGCCCGAUCCACCUGCACUGGCACGUGGUCGCCGUCUAUGAGGACGGAUUUGUCGCCAAGCUGAGCAUCAUCAACCGUGGAAACAGCAGCGUGUCUGACUGGGUAGCGCUCAUCGCCCUCCCUUCCAUCGCCAACACCUCGGCCAUCUACUCGUUCGGAUACGCCAAUGUCUCGGCCACAUCCCGCGUGCUCUACGGCUUCACAGGCAGCAACAGCUGGCUGGAAGGCACACCGUCUCCCUUCAAGGGGAAGACCUUUGGCAACGUGCAGAGUGUUUUCAAGACCACGUCCCUUUAUUUCUUCCCUCUCUUUGCCUCACAUGCCCUACCCAAUCCCCCGCCCUUCUCUUGGCAGUUCGGGCUCAACCUCACAGCAGCUGACGGGAGAAAAUACUCUUUCCCUCACUCCUCUCCUUCGACGGUUACUCAUGACCACUUCUCACCCCUUCCUCACUCCUGGCUAAACCUCACAGCAGCUGAUGGGAAGAACCUCUUUCCUACGCUCCUCUCCUUCUACGGUUCUUCCUGCUCCAUGCCAGACCACUUCCCACUCCUCCCUCCUCCUCAGCCCCCCGCCACGGCCAUCCCCACGCGAUACAUCGCUGUGAUUGUCGCCGUGCUGCUCGCUGCUGUGCUCAUGUUUGGUGUGCGCUUCUAG